GGCACCUCAUUUCCCCUGCAGCUUUUCUUUAAGGUGAAGCAAGCAGAACGAUUUCAAGCAUGCUUCACUAUCUGCAGUGCAAAAUGUUACUAGUUCUUCCAGAUUAAGAUUCAUUUAGCUACUGGAUCCCUACAAGAGAGGACUUGCUGUGUACCUGAAAAAGGGGGUGGGGUGGAGAAGAACACAGGAGCUUUCCCUGCACACCAUCUGUCUGCCAAAUAAAUGAGUUUCCUUCCAUUAUCCUUCCAUUCACUUACGUUGCCUUUUUAAGAAAAGAACGUUCUGUUUGGCAGCAAGAGAACCCCUUACACACACACACAUACGCACGCGCACCUCUUUUUCUGAGUUUAAGGGGACCACACAAACAACAACAAGAUCGCGCGCACACGCACAGAGGCACAGGCACACACUCGCGCACACACAAAUUGGAUACAUUUUGAAUAAGCUUUUGGUUCCUUAUCCGGGGACUAGCUCGGCUGGCGUGAUUGGCGCAAAUAGUCACAUGGUGAAACUAACUUUACGGGGUCGCCAGCUAGUAGGAGGGUUUUAUGGAGCAGAAAAACGACAAAGCGAGAAAAAUUAUUUUCCACUCCAGAAAUUAAUGAUCAUGAGCUCGUAUUUGAUGGACUCUAACUACAUCGAUCCGAAAUUUCCUCCAUGCGAAGAAUAUUCGCAAAAUAAUUACAUCCCAGACCACAGUCCGGAAUAUUACAGCCGGACUAGGGAGUCCAGUUUUCAGCAUCAUCACCAGGAAUUGUACCCUCCACCUCCUCCACAGCGACCCAGCUACCCCGAGCGCCAGUACAGCUGUGCCAGCCUCCAAGGUCCCGCCAACCCCCCAGCGCAUCAAAGGGGCCAUGGACCACCACCCGGAGGCCACCAUCUCCCCGAGAAACCACAGCAGCUCUGUGACCAAACGGCUCUCUCCAGCGCAGCCACCUCGCCAGCCCCAGCCCCUCCAGCCUGCAACCAGCAAAACCCCGAGCAUCCUAGCAGCACGGCCACUAAGCAACCCAUAGUCUACCCAUGGAUGAAAAAAAUCCACGUCAGUACUGUGAACCCCAAUUACAAUGGAGGCGAGCCCAAGCGAUCCAGGACUGCCUACACCAGACAGCAGGUCUUGGAAUUGGAAAAAGAGUUCCACUAUAAUAGAUACCUGACGAGGCGGAGGCGCAUCGAAAUCGCCCACUCCCUGUGUCUGUCGGAGAGGCAGAUCAAGAUUUGGUUUCAGAACAGGCGGAUGAAAUGGAAAAAAGACCACAGGCUGCCCAAUACCAAAGUGAGAUCUACAGCUCCUACCAAUUCUUCCACCAGUUCCAUUCCUGCUUCUUCCAACGCGGUUGCUAGCGAAGAACAUUCGCAAAGCUCAUCACAGGACCAACGAGCAGAGGAUAUUACAAGGUUAUAAACAAACAAACAAAAAAAGCAAAAGCAAAACAAACAAACAAACAAAUACCCCCAUUAAAAAAAUGACUCUGAUUAUUUAUAGAAUCUAAUAUAUAUCUAUAUAUUUUGGUUCUUUUUUUUCCUCGUAGUUUUUCCCGUGCUUAAAUAUAUUAAGAAGAAAAAAAGAGAGAGGGGUGAAAAACCCCACACACAAAAGAAUGAGGUCUUCCGCAAAGAUCUCAAGCUUUAGGUGCAUGUAUUAUUAGCAUGAGAGAGGUCAGGUGAAAUACCUGCUGGUUUUGUUUUGUUUUUUUAAAACGCAAUUUUCAGGGUUUUAUUUAUUUUUUAAAAAGGGAAGGAGUGGAAGGAUGAGCUAUGUGUGUCUGUGUGUGUCUGUGUGUCUCUGUGCGUGUAUGUUGGGGUGGGGAACACAAUGUUCUGUUUUAGAUGAAAAAUCGGGGCAUAUGCUAAUAAUUACACAGGCAAGGGAAGAAUGUAGUUAUUUUGCUCUGUGCGUUUACAAAUGGAGAACAAAAAAAAAUGGACCAUUGAAGGCUUUUUUCCUUCCUUUUUUUGGUAUAAAUGUAGGAGAAAGAUUUUUUUUAAUUAAAAAAACAAGGGGAAAAAACAGCACAGGAGCUAAUAGUAGCUGGUAAACUUACGGUUUAUUUCAAUGUGAAGGACUCAAAGGAAGAGAGAGAGGAAGCGAGCCAGCGAGAAAGUUGGAAGGAAAAGUCAGUAGGUAGAUUUUUUCCCCCGUUUUGUCGUGGUUCUUUGUGUUUUUUGGACAUGAUUUGACAUGAACAUUGUAAACUUGCAAUAAAAGAGUUUUAGUGUAUAUGUGAAAGUCCCCUUGUUCAAUAAAAACCAGUGAGUGUGACACAGAUUUGA